CUUGCCCGGCUCCGCGGCUCUCGCGGUGCUUGCACGAGAUUGCCCCGUCCUCGCGGCUGUGCCUGUCCGUCGCCUCCUCCCUCACCCCGCCGCCUCUUGCCCGCCGCCCCUGCUCGCGGGGUAAUAUGGUCUCUGGCGAUGGACGCCGCAGGUGCAGGAUACGCCUUUGAGUACCUUAUUGAAACAUUAAAUGACAGUUCACAUAAGUUCUUCAAUGUUCAUAGACUUGGAGGCACCAAGUAUGAUGUUCUGCCUUACUCAAUACGGGUCCUGUUGGAAGCUGCUGUGCGAAAUUGUGAUGGCUUUUUAAUGAAAAAGGAAGAUGUUAUGAACAUUUUAGACUGGAAGACCAAACAAAACAACGUUGAAGUGCCCUUUUUCCCUGCCCGUGUUCUUCUUCAAGAUUUUACUGGAAUACCGGCAAUGGUGGAUUUUGCUGCUGUGAGGGAGGCAGUGAAGGCCCUUGGAGGGGACCCCGAGAAAGUCCACCCUGCCUGUCCGACAGAUCUCACGGUUGACCACUCUUUACAAAUUGACUUCAGUAAAUGUGCAAUACAGAAUGCUCCAAAUCCUGGAGGUGGUGACCUGCAGAAAGCAGGAAAGCUCUCUCCACUUAAAGUGCAGCCUAAGAAGCUUCCAUGCAGAGGCCAUACUACCUGCCGAGGAGCAUGUGACUCUGCAGAACUCGGCCGAAACUCAGGAAAAUCUUCGCAGAUUGAGAAUACACCCAUUCUGUGUCCUUUUCAUCUGCAACCAGUGCCUGAACCUGAAACAGUGUUAAAAAAUCAAGAAGUAGAAUUUGGCAGAAAUCGAGAGAGACUUCAAUUUUUCAAGUGGAGUUCAAGAGUUUUUAAGAAUGUGGCUGUAAUCCCUCCUGGAACUGGAAUGGCUCACCAAGUAAAUUUGGAAUAUUUGUCAAGAGUGGUUUUUGAAGAAAAGGACCUCCUCUUCCCAGACAGUGUCAUUGGUACAGAUUCACACAUAACCAUGGUGAAUGGUUUGGGGAUUCUGGGGUGGGGAGUCGGUGGCAUUGAAACAGAAGCUGUGAUGCUCGGUCUUCCAGUGUCUCUGACUUUACCUGAGGUGGUUGGAUGUGAGUUAACUGGCUCAUCAAACCCUUUUGUUACAUCCAUAGAUGUUGUUCUUGGCAUUACAAAGCACCUCAGGCAAGUAGGAGUGGCUGGAAAGUUUGUUGAGUUUUUUGGAAGUGGAGUUUCACAAUUAUCUAUAGUGGAUCGAACUACAAUAGCAAAUAUGUGUCCAGAAUAUGGUGCUAUCCUCAGCUUUUUCCCUGUUGACAAUGUGACUUUAAAACAUUUAGAACAUACAGGUUUUGACAAAGCCAAACUCAAGUCAAUGGAAGCAUACCUUAAAGCUGUGAAAUUGUUUAGGAAUGACCAGAAUAAUUCAGGAGCACCUGAGUACUCACAGGUGAUCCAGAUUAAUCUGAAUUCAAUAGUUCCAUCUGUCAGUGGUCCAAAAAGACCUCAGGAUAGAGUUGCUGUGACAGAUAUGAAAAGUGAUUUCCAAGCUUGCUUAAAUGAAAAGGUUGGAUUUAAAGGCUUCCAAAUUGCUGCUGAAAAGCAGAAUGAUGCCAUCACUAUUUGCUAUGAAGGAGGUGACUAUCAGCUGUCCCAUGGGUCUGUCGUUGUCGCUGCAGUUACCAGUUGCACCAAUAACUGCAAUCCGUCUGUCAUGCUCGCUGCAGGUCUUUUGGCUAAAAAAGCUGUUGAAGCUGGUCUGCAUGUUAAACCUUAUAUCAGAACGAGUUUAUCUCCAGGCAGUGGGAUGGUUACACAUUACCUCAGUUCCAGUGGAGUAUUGCCAUACCUUAGUAAACUCGGAUUUGAAAUAGUUGGCUAUGGAUGUUCAACAUGUGUGGGAAACACAGCACCCUUAUCAGAAGCCGUUUUAAAUGCAGUCAAACAGGGUGAUUUGGUUACCUGUGGAGUUUUAUCUGGAAACAAAAAUUUUGAAGGUCGUCUGUGUGAUUGUGUCCGUGCCAACUAUCUUGCCUCUCCACCCUUGGUGGUGGCUUAUGCCAUAGCAGGCACAGUGAAUAUAGAUUUCCAGACCGAGCCUUUAGGUACUGACACUACUGGCAAGAACAUUUACCUACAUGAUAUUUGGCCUACUCGAGAAGAAGUUCAUCAGAUAGAGGAAGAGCAUGUUAUAUUGUCCAUGUUUAAAACAUUAAAAGAGAAAAUAGAGAUGGGAAAUAAGCGGUGGGAUUCCUUAGAAGCACCAGAUUCAGUCUUGUUUCCAUGGGACUUGAAGUCUACUUAUAUCAGAUGUCCUUCAUUUUUUGAUAAGCUUACCAAAGAGCCAGUUGCACUGCGGUCUAUUGAAAAUGCCCACGUUCUACUGCAUCUGGGAGACUGUGUCACCACAGACCAUAUAUCGCCCGCUGGAAGCAUUGCGAGGAGUAGUGCUGCUGCUAAAUACUUGACCAGUAGAGGCCUUACCCCUCGUGAAUUCAACUCUUACGGAGCCCGAAGAGGUAAUGAUGCUGUAAUGACAAGAGGCACUUUUGCAAAUAUCAAGCUUUUUAAUAAGUUUAUUGGAAAACCAGCUCCCAAAACAAUUCAUUUUCCAUCAGGACAGAUGCUAGAUGUGUUUGAGGCUGCUGAGCUGUACCAGAAAGAAGGUAUCCCACUGAUUGUUUUAGCAGGAAAGAAAUAUGGUUCAGGAAAUUCAAGAGACUGGGCCGCCAAAGGACCGUAUUUGCUGGGUGUGAAAGCUGUUUUGGCCGAAAGUUAUGAAAAAAUUCACAAAGAUCACUUGAUUGGAAUUGGCAUAGCUCCACUUCAGUUCCUUCCUGGAGAAAAUGCAAAUUCCUUGGGCCUCUCUGGCAGAGAAACGUUCUCUUUAACAUUUCCGGAAGAGCUGUUCCCUGGAGUUACAUUAAAUAUAAAGACAAGCACUGGGAAGGUGUUCGGCGUGAUCGCUUCGUUUGAAAAUGAGGUGGAAGUAACAUUGUACAAACAUGGAGGAUUAUUAAAUUUUGUGGCACGGAAGUUCUCAUAGUAUCUACUGCUCACCACGGAUACCUUCCUAACUGGUAACUGCAACAUGGCCUUUUGUGCUGGACCCAGGAACCCUCACCACGGAGCGGCAGAUAGGCCCACUUUGCACACUUAUCCGUGGAUGGAAAUGAUUAUGGAUCAGUGUAGUGACUGAAAUGAAGUCUUUUUGAUUUUAAAUAAUAAUGAAUGGUGCUAUUAACAUUGCUAAAAUCAACGUGUGAAGAGUGUUGUGGAAGAGACCAUAAGUGUGGGGGGGGAUAUUUUAUCAGACCAUUUUGUAAAUAAAGGCAGAAUUUGAACUUGUGUUGAAGAUUCUUAUAUGAGUGACCUUCCUGAAGUCAUGUCUAGUUUUGCACCUGUAAAACUGUACUGCUGUUUGUUGGUUUAAGAGCAGAUUGAAAUACAAGAAACCAGAUGAGACUAAAUUUGUGGGAGUUGGAAUAUGAUGUACGAAUGGACUUGCAGACACACUAAUUCCUUUUCAGAAUUGAGCUGGGCAUAGUUGGCAAUUUUAGUUUGUAAUACAGGCCAGGAUUAUCGUCAGUCCCAGUCUGAUGGCGAGGGCUAGAACCUGCCCCAGGCACAGUCACUCUGUCCAGCCAGCCAGGGUGCACUCCAUAUUGGAAGAUGGCUUACAGAGUAACCUCUGUGUAGCACUGUGUUACCAGCAGUGAAAAUAGGUAUCCUGUAAUCCCAUAUGCAGCUCUUAAUUUUUUAGUAAUUUGCUACUGUGACCCUUUGGCAAAUCUCAGAUGGCACUGUAUUAAUUGGAUUAGAUUGUUUACUCACCUAAUGUGAUACAAUAACUUCUUAUGACCAAAUGUUUUCAAAAUUCCACACCCAUUUAUAGUUGCAGAAGAGAACUUUAUUUAAUCAUUAAACACUAAAAUGAUUUUCUCUAGACUUCUGCAAUUAUCCACCCUAAAUUAUAUGGUAACUCAGUCCUAAGCAUUUUAAAAAUGUUAUUUCUUAAUUAUUUAAAUUGACCUCCUGUCAUUUUGAAUCAUUUACCUGGGAUGCAUGAUUCUGUUAAUUAUGUUUUUGUUUUAAGCAGAGCUGACCAUCAGGACGAAAUACUUAAAUUGUGUCUGAAUUUUUCUCUCUGUGCAUGUCUAUCACAUUGAAUCUUCUGUCAACAAGAGGUUUGGUGACUUGUUAGAAAAAGGUUGGAUAAUUAAUUCCAGAAAAGUCCUGUGCCUUUCAUUUUAAAUUAAGAUGCUAAACUUAACAAAAGGCAAAAGGCUAAUUGUAGUGAUUUUUAAUUUCACGUGGAGCUCUUUAUACCACGUUAAUGCAGCUCAGAAUUAACUCACAUUGCACAGAAUAAAGAAUUGUUUUAAGCUAAAAUGCUGAAACUACCAAACCAGUGGGUGAAGACCACUGAGAACUUUGCACGUAAUCAGUGAUACAAUCUUUUGAAGAUAUUCUGCAAAUACGUGUUUAGACAAUUAAAUGGACUAGAGCUCGAUGAAAUGAUUUCCCUUUAUUUAAAUGUCUUAUAAAUGUAUUUUGUAUUUUCAAAUCAAUAUGUGUUCUUGAUACUGUGCUGUGUGUCAGUGCCUGUGUGUUUAAUUUACAUGAAAACAUGAGAUAGGGAUGGAGAAUUUAGAAGUUGAAUGUUAAAAUACCUGUUACUUGCUUGGAAGAAGUGAUACUUGCAGAUUGUGUGGGAGAAAAGAUCUGUAUCCCUAAGCCAUACUCCGUUAUGCAGCCUGUGGGCAUCUUCAUAAACAGCUGAUCCAGGAGAUGGAGAUGAUAAAGCCAGCAAGCUAUGAAUUAAGCAUUUGCAUCUCCAGUCUGCCUAGUCCAGUUACUGUACAAACAGCUCUUGUAUUUCAGGAACAAAAUCAAGGUUCUCUUAAUCUCUUAAAGAGAACCAAAAAGCUUGAUAAGCAUGGCUGUCAGCUGGGGAGGAGAGUCGUGGGUGUGUGUCCCAGGGUGUGCCUGCAGUUCUGCCUCUAGUCGGAAUCUGUUUGCAUAGAUGUGGCAUCUGGUUUUUAUUGUUUUCCUUUCAACUCCGUUCCCUUGUUCUAGGUAAUUUUGUGUUUCCAAAAGUUGUGGAAAGGAAAUGUAAAUAGGCACAUGAGAGAAGCAAGUCACUGUUGUGAACGGAAAGUAUAUUUUUCAAAAGUCAUUAUGAGCAGCAGCAUUAAAAAAAAAUCUUUUAGAAAACAUUAUACUACAGACCAUUUCCAUAUAUCAUACCUUUGGGGUUAGCUAUUCCUAGAAAAGGAAGUCAGUGAAAAUGGCACCCAGCCACUGAGUUGCCGUUGUUAGGUCUGAAAAGUGUCCAAGAUGACAGUUGUCAUUUUUUCCUGUAUUGUCUCCAAACUGACAUCUGGGAGGGAUCGGAAGAUUGCUCAGUUUUUUAUGGUAAUCAGACUGCAGUGGGACUAAAGGGAAGUACAGCGAGGGCGUAAAUCCGCAUCAGGUCUCGGCACGUGUCCUGAUUGUGUUGUGCUCAUUCACUUCAGUGGGGAGGGACAGGAGGACAACAAAGUAUUUGACGGAGACUCUUGUAUGGUCGCGUUAAGAGACACCUUUUUUUGCCUAGGUUUUGGAGAAGGCACUUAAGGUAGUGGAUGUUGAUUCUAUCUUAGCUUGAUCUGGAGGAGGAGAUGGGCUUUGGCUUUUUCAGUGCUCUUUCCCCUGCAGUGUGGUAGUGCUGACAUUUCAAUUUUACACAUAAUAUGUGACUGAAACAUAUCUUAAGUAACUAUAAAUCAUUGUCUGUUAUUUAAAGCCAACAAAGCAGUGUAACAGUUUAAAGUUCAAUAAUGUUAAGUAUUGUAUAGAAAUAUAUUGGAGGCAGAGUUCAGUUGAUGACAAUUGUGUAUAUGUUACUGAUGCUGUAAAUUAUUUUUAAUAAAGAAAUUGUAUUAUCACA